AUGAACGGCACCUUUGACAGGAAACAGAUCAAUGUACCAUACUACCCCGAGGUUCUGCGAAUCGGGCGACAGACAAACGCCAAAACAGUGCCCACGCCUCUCAAUGGAUUCUUUGACUCGAAAGUUCUCUCUCGACAACACGCUGAGGUUUGGGCCGAUAAGUCUGGCAAAAUUUGGAUUCGAGACGUUAAAUCCUCAAACGGCACAUUUGUGAACGGCCACCGGCUGUCUCCUGAAAAUCGGGAGUCAGAGCCACACGAACUACGAGAAAGCGAUACCCUUGAGCUAGGUAUUGAUAUUGUCAGCGAGGAUCAAUCCACCAUCGUCCACCACAAAGUCUCAUCUAAGGUUGAGCAUGCCGGAAUCUAUGGUACUACCCCUAGUAUCCUUGAUCUGAACUUCGGGGACUUGGAUCCUGCCUCCGGGGGUGGCCUUCUCCCUUCUCCUUUGAGUCAACCGCUUUCUCACAUGCGCGGCCGAGCCGGUAGCAACGCGAGUAGCAGAAGUGCCCAGAGUGUUACCAACAAUCAGCUAAAUGCUUUACAUCAACAAAGGCAAAUGAACUACUGGAACUCUCCAAUCUCUAUCGAACAGGUCGUCAAGCGGCUUACGAGUGAAUUGAAAUCCGCAAAGCAACAAACAACAGAUCUUUCUCAGGCAGAUGAAUUUUUGACGACUAUCAUGAAACCAGGCUAUGCAGAGAAAGAGAAGAUCAUUAAACCGUCUCCUUUAGAGAACAAUGCUCAUCGCCAGAUGAACGGUAGGCCCAAAAUGCCCCGGGUCGACUCUUUUUCAAGGUUCUCAGAUCCUCCCGCCCCUCCUCCCCAACAACCUCUGCCAGAGAAACCCGUUGCGUUGUCACGAAGUGCCUCGGAAUCGUUCACACCUCUCAGGCGCAGCGAUACAGAAAAGCCGAAGAGCGCUACAAGUUCUCCUGUCUCUCGCGAUUCCAGUCAGAUCUUGAAUCUGAUUGAGGCGCUAUCGUCUGCCAAGCGAGAGAUUGAAACCCAUGGAACACGUGUCAAGGAACUAGAGAUUUUGCUGUGCCAAGAACAGGCUGCUCGCAAAUUGGCGGAAGACAAAGUCAACGAAUUGGAGAUGCGCUCAUUGGAAAUUCAAGAAUUCAAAGUCGAGAACAGCAUUGUUUCACCUUCAGAGAAUGGGGUAGAUGGACAGAAGGAGCAGGCUGGUAUAGAAGCCACCGUGCAGGUCAACGGCAUCCAUCCUUCGGAGACUCCUACUUCCAGCGACAGCCAGACACAUGUUCCCGUGGAAGACAAGAGUGCUGAACUUCAGACUCGCUUGGAGAGUAUGAUGGAGGAGAUGGCAGAGAUGAGAAAGCAAAUCGCAUCCUUCAAAGAUCGUGCUGAGAAGGCUGAAGAUGAGACCACGGAGUCACGCAAGUCGUUGAACGAAAUGAUUGAAACCUUGCGCCAGGAACGCGCUGAGAAAGCAUCUGCCACUGUGCUUGGUAACAGAACCGAUACGCAUGACCGCAAGCCAGGCAAUAUCGUGUCGGAAAAAUUGCUUACGAGCGAUGAUACUCCAACGGAUUCUAAGAUGAAGACUACAUCGAUGCAGGGCUUCGAUCCGGUUCUCUCGCAGAACAAGGAGCUGGAUGCUGCAGUCACAUCCCUGGCAACACGACGCCAUCGAUACAACUAUGUGGAAGAAGCAAGCCCUUAUGCCUCCAUGUUUGGAGUGGUCCUAUUAGGAGUAGGCCUGAUGGCCUAUCUCAACAGUUGGCAAAAGAUGGACAGAUAA